AAUGGAAAAACAAGGAGCGAGUGCUGAUAUUCUCUUCUCGUGGAAUUAAUUUCAGAACAAGGCACCUAAUGCAAGACUUAAGGACAUUGAUGCCUCACUCUAAAGCAGAUACUAAAAUGGACCGUAAAGACCAGUUGUUUGUAAUUAAUGAGGUGUGUGAAAUGAAAAACUGCAAUAAGUGCAUCUUUUUUGAAGCCAAAAAGAAACAGGAUCUCUACAUGUGGCUUGCAAACAUACCCCAGGGGCCAUCAGCUAAAUUCUUGGUGCAGAAUGUUCACACCCUGGCUGAAUUGAAGAUGACAGGAAACUGUCUAAGGGGCUCACGGCCCCUUUUGUCUUUCGAUCCAAUAUUUGACAAGGAGCCACACUAUGCCCUGCUAAAAGAACUGUUCAUUCAGAUAUUCAGCACACCACAGUAUCACCCCAAAAGUCAGCCUUUCGUCGAUCAUGUUUUCACCUUCACCGUUACUGAUGAGAGGAUCUGGUUUCGGAAUUACCAGAUAAUAGAAGAAGAUGCAUCUCUAGUAGAAAUUGGGCCUCGUUUUGUCCUGAACCUCAUAAAAAUAUUCCAAGGUAGCUUUGGAGGACCAACUCUGUAUGAAAAUCCACAUUACCAGUCCCCAAAUAUGCAUCGGCGGCUGAUACGGUUGUCAGUGGCAGCUAAGUUUAGAGAGAAACAGCACGUGAAGGAGGUGCAAAAGAUUAAGAAAAAAGAGUGUAAGGUCCUUAUUGAAGAGGAUCCCACUGAAGUGGUCUUUGAAACUCCGGGUGAAGAAAAGCCAGUGGAAAUACAGCUCGUGAAACCGGAGUCAAAGCCAAUUGUUAAAGAUAAAAAGAAGCUACGCAAGAUUCAGAGGAAGAAGCAAAGAAAGCUUUUCAGAACUGAAGCAUCAGUAUAAAUGUUACAGGGGAUG